GUCAGUGAGCUCCCACAGGGGAAGCCACACUCAUCCAGAAGCCAGGCUCAUGGCUGGCCCGCCUCCGCGGAGCGCUAAGGAGCAGCAAGCCAAGCAUUUGAACAGAGAGGCUGUUUGAGUCAGAGAAGCUUUUCAGAAGUUGUGGAAGGCCACAGCAAAGAGAAAGGGAGGCCUUUUUGUCCUGUUUUCACACUCACAGACGCGUCAGCAGUGGAACCGGACUCCAGUGGGGCCGCCUGCAGCCGCUGCCUGGGCCGCGGGGUAGCGCCCUGAGAGCGAGUGUGCCCUCCGCAGGAGGCCCACGGCAGCCCCACCCCAGCCACUGAGUGGUGACCGCCCCUCCCUGCCCGGACUGUGGGCUUCUCACAGUUGAGUGGAAGACACAAUUUUCUCUACAUUGACUCCGCGUGGUGACAGGUGUCGAUGGGACAAGGCAAGGGCCUCUCCUCGGCCAUGCAUUUCCUGCCCAAGGCGCCAGGAGGCCAGGUGCUUGGCGAGUGAUGUAGCCCUGUGUGUCACAGAAGGCUCCACCGGCGUUGGGUGACCAAGGCUGCUCAGCGAGGGCCGCUCCUCCUCGGCCAGCCUCGCUGCUCAGACCCCUCGUCCGUCCGCCAGAAUGCCCUCCCACGCGGCCUGGACGCUGCUGCUCGCCUUCACCACGCUCCAUCCAGCAUCCUGUGUUCUCCGGGUGUCCCAGCCCCCUGAGAUCCACGCCCGCGAGGGUGCCGCUGUCCUCCUGCCCUGCUCCUUCAAUGCCAGCCAAGGGACACUGGCCAUUGGCUCUGUCACAUGGUACCGGGAUAAGGUGGCCCCGGGGAAGGAAGUGAGGAAUGGGACCCCAGAGUUUAGGGGCCGCCUGGCCCCUCUUGCCUCUUCCCGCUUCCUCCGUGACCACCAGGCGGAGUUGCACAUCUGGGAUACCCGAGGCCGAGACGCCGGCAUCUACAUGUGCAGGGUGGAGGUGCUGGGCCUGGGUGUCGGGACCGGGAAUGGGACUCUGCUGGUGGUGGAGAAAGGACCGCCUGGGCCAGGGGCCCUCACAGCCCUCCUCCUUCGGGCUGGAUUCUAUGCCUUCAGUUUCCUCUCCGUGGCCAUGGGCAGCACCAUCUAUUACCACGGCAAGUGUGAGUCCUGGAGCCGUGAUGGCCGAAGAGAAGGCGGAGCAGCGAGCGAGCUGGAGGGGACGGAGACAGAGGCCAAGGCGAGAGGAGGGUCGCAGCACCAGGGACUCGGCCACCUCACACCCAGGCCACUGCCGCCUGGGGACACUGCGCCUCUUGGAUGCCUCUGAUGAGUGAUUCCAGACCCCAGUGACCCCAGCUCUUCAGGGGACCCCAAUAAAUCGGCCCACCACUGA